AUGGCAGCUAUCCUCCGCUGCUGCCUCCUGCUGGCCCUGGUGGCCGGCCUGCUUCUCGGCAAUGCCGCCGCCCUGCCGCACCACGGCCCCGCCAAGCACGACUACCGGGACGCGCUCACCAAGUCCAUCCUCUUCUUCGAGGGCCAGCGGUCCGGCCGGCUCCCGCCGUCCCAGCGCGUGUCCUGGCGCCGGAGCUCCGGCCUCUCCGACGGCUCUUCCGCCAAGGUUGAUCUGACCGGAGGGUACUACGACGCCGGCGACAACGUCAAGUUCGGGUUCCCGCUGGCGUUCAGCUCGACGAUGCUGGCGUGGAGCGUGCUGGAGUUCGGCGGCAUGAUGAAGGGCGAGCUCCAGCACGCCCGGGACGCCGUCCGCUGGGGCGCCGACUACCUCCUCAAGGCCACCGCCCACCCCGACACCGUCUACGUCCAGGUCGGGGACGCGGGCAAGGACCACGCGUGCUGGGAGCGGCCGGAGGACAUGGACACGCCGCGCACCGUGUACAAGGUCGACCCCAGCACCCCCGGCUCCGACGUCGCCGCCGAGACCGCCGCCGCGCUCGCCGCGGCCUCCCUCGUCUUCCGCAAGUCCGACCCGGCCUACUCCAGCCGCCUCGUCGCCAGGGCCAAGAGGGUGUUCGAGUUCGCUGACAAGCACAGGGGCGUGUACAGCGCCAAGCUCUCGUCCUACGUCUGCCCCUACUACUGCUCCUACUCCGGAUACCAGGACGAGCUGCUAUGGGGCGCCGCAUGGCUACACCGGGCCACCAAGAGCCCCGUCUACCUCAGCUACAUCAAGGUGAACGGGCAGCUGCUCGGCGCCGACGAGCAGGACAACACCUUCGGGUGGGACAACAAGCACGCCGGCGCCCGGAUCCUCCUCUCCAAGUCCUUCCUGGUGCAGAAGCUGGGCGCGCUGCAGGAGUACAAGGCCCACGCCGACAGCUUCAUCUGCUCCAUGGUGCCCGGCACCCCCACCGACCAGACCACCUACACCCGGGGCGGCCUCCUCUUCAAGCUCAGCGACAGCAACAUGCAGUACGUCACCUCCAGCUCCUUCCUCCUGCUCACCUACGCCAAGUACCUCGUCUCCGCCAAGAAGACCGUCUCCUGCGGCGGCGUCGCCGUCACGCCGCAGCGCCUCCGCGCCAUCGCCAGGCGCCAGGUUGACUACUUGCUGGGGAGCAACCCGAUGGGCAUGUCGUACAUGGUGGGGUACGGCGCCAAGUACCCGAAGAAGCUCCACCACCGGGCCUCCUCGCUGCCCUCCGUCGCGGCGCACCCGGGCAAGAUCGGCUGCUCGCAGGGGUUCACGGGGCUCUACUCCGGCGCCGCCAACCCGAACGUGCACGUCGGCGCCGUCGUGGGCGGGCCCAACCAGAACGACCAGUUCCCCGACCAGCGCAGCGACUACGAGCACUCGGAGCCGGCCACCUACAUCAACGCGCCGCUCGUCGGGGCCCUCGCCUACCUCGCCCACUCCUCCGGCCAGCUCUAG